CGGGGGCGGCGCCACCGGCGCGGGGCGGUGGCUGGAUCCUGGAUCCUGCCCCGGGACGCCGAAGUUGCGGUGGGGCGGCGGCUGCCCCUGUCGUCUCUCCCGAUGUCCGUGUGACUUGGGGAGGAGGAGGCGGCAGGGGGGACCCUCCCGGCUCAGCCCCGCUCGCCGCUCCGCUCCGGCGGGCUGUUGUGCGAGACAGACAGACAGACAGACAGACACACACACCCCGCUCCGCGUCCCGCCCCUCGCCUCGCAGCCCCGGGAGGCUGGGCCGGGCGCGGUGCUGCCGCCGCCGAUCGCGGCUCCCUCGGCCGGGCCGGCCCGGGCGCCGCUGCCGUAGCCGCUGCCUGAGGAAAAGAAGGAGCAGGAGGCGGAGGGAGCGCCCCGGUGGACAGCGGCGCAGCCAUGAGCGGCGGGGAGGUGGUCUGCUCGGGCUGGCUCCGAAAGUCCCCGCCGGAGAAGAAGUUGAAACGCUACGCAUGGAAGAGAAGAUGGUUUGUGCUUCGGAGUGGCCGCUUAACAGGGGAUCCAGAUGUAUUGGAAUACUACAAAAAUGACCAUGCCAAGAAGCCUAUCCGUAUUAUUGACUUAAAUUUGUGUCAACAAGUGGAUGCUGGAUUAACAUUCAACAAAAAGGAGUUUGAAAACAGCUAUAUUUUUGAUAUCAACACUAUAGACCGAGUUUUCUAUUUGGUAGCAGACAGCGAGGAGGAGAUGAAUAAGUGGGUUCGAUGUAUCUGUGAUAUCUGUGGGUUCAACCCUACAGAUGAGGAUGCUGUGAAGCCACCAGUUAGUUCUUUACAACCAUCUGCUGAGUUACCCUUGCCCAUCAACACUUCACCGCCUUCCAUGCAAGCAGAAUCUUCCCUUCCUUCUCCGUAUCGGCUUAUUAAUGUCCCCCCUCUGGAGUCUUCCUCUGGUCAAGAAGAUCCUCAAGACUACUUACUGCUAAUAAACUGUCAAAGUAAAAAACCUGAACCUAUGAGAUCUCAUGGUGACUCUGCAAAAUCCAGCUCUUCAGAAACAGACUGCAAUGAUAACCUGCCCUCCCACAAAAACCCUGCUCCAUCAGGGAGCAAGCACGUUGUGAACGGCUUCUUCCCGCAGCAGGGCGUCUACGACUCCCCACCUUCCCGCCCCGUGCUGACACUGGCAGACUCCAGCCUUUACAACCUGCCUAGGAGUUACUCCCAGGAUGUUUUGCCCAAGGCAGCAUCUCCAUCUGGGACUGAUGCAGAAGGAGAGCAGCAUGUUUUCAAUACCCCAUCAGCAACGUCAUUAGACGCACAGAUGAGGCACAUCUCCAUUAGCUAUGACAUUCCCCCCACACCUGGAGGUACUUAUCAGAUCCCGCGAACUUUCCCAGAGGGAACAUUGUCUCAGACUUCAAAACUGGAGACUAUUCCAGACAUCCCUCCACCUCGGCCACCCAAACCUCACCAGGCGGCGGAUCGCUCUCCUGUGGAAACCUGUAGCAUCAGUCGCACUGCUUCCGACACUGACAGCAGCUACUGCAUCCCCGCCGCAGGAGCGCCACCCUCGCGCAGUAACACCAUUUCAACGGGAGAUUUGAAUGUCUUCCGGAAAGAAAUUAGUUCUCAAGACUGUUAUGAUAUUCCACGAACGUUUCCGAAUGACAGAUCUAAUUCAUUGGAGGGCUUCCAUAACCACUUUAAAAACAGAAGCAUGUUGACAGUGGGAAGUGUUUCAAGUGAAGAACUAGAUGAAAAUUAUGUCCCAAUGAAUCCCAACUCUCCUCCACGACAGCAUUCCAGCAGCUUCACUGAACCCAUCCAGGAAACAAACUAUGUACCAAUGAUACCAGGCACGUUUGAUUUUCCAUUAUUUGGAAAGCAAGUCCCUCCUCCUGCUCACAUGGGUUUCAGGUCCAGCCCAAAAACCCCUCCCAGACGGUCGGUACCUGCUGCAGAAUGUGAGCCACCGCCCGUGGAUCGGAACCUCAAACCAGACAGAAAAGGUCAAAGUCCUAAAAUUUUAAGACCUAAACCACAUGGUUUAGAGCGAACUGAUUCACAAACCAUAGGUGACUUUACUACAAGAAGAAAGGCAAAACCAGCUCCACUAGAAAUAAAACCUCUGCCUGAAUGGGAAGAAUUACAAGCCCCAGUCAGAUCUCCUAUCACCAGAAGCUUUGCACGAGACUCCUCCAGGUUUCCCGUGUCUCCCAGACCGGAUUCAGUUCAUAGCACAACUUCCAGCAGUGACUCGCACGACAGUGAAGAGAAUUAUGUAUCCAUGAACCCAAAUCAGUCCACUGAAGACCCAAAUUUGUUUGGAAGCAACAGCCUUGAUGGAGGAAGCAGUCCUAUGGUAAAACCUAAAGGAGAUAAACAAGUGGAAUAUUUAGAUCUGGACCUAGAUUCGGGAAAGUCUACCCCACCUCGUAAGAAAAAGAGCAGUGGCUCCGGCAGCAGCGUGGCAGAUGAGAGGGUUGAUUACGUUGUGGUGGACCAGCAGAAAACGCUGGCCCUGAAGAGCACGCGGGAGGCGUGGACUGAUGGCAGACAGUCUACGGAGUCCGAGACGUCCACGAAAAGUGUGAAGUGAAAACACUGCCUUGUCUUCAAAAAAUGGAAAGAAGCAAAUUUUGAAGAAUCACAGAACCACAAUGGCAGUGUUGUUCGGCUGUACAGUACCUGAUUCCCCAGGGUGGGAAUCAGUUCUUCACCGAAUAGGGUGGAAGCCAAAGGACACUUUGAAUAUAUCAAAGGAACUUUAAGAUCAUGAAUUGGCUCUGUGGUGUCUGGAAAAAUCACCGCCUGUAAAUAACAUGUAAAAUAAUAUCACUUAGCUUUCAGAAAACCUUUUGUUCUGUAGUUAACACAUUUGUAGUAUUACUAUGUUUAUGCACUUUUUCAGUUACAAUGUUGGUUCAGGUAUUCCCAGUUAAUGUACCUUAAUGCCUAAUUCAUCUGGAGAAUUCUUUUUUCCUUACACUACUAUUCCUUACAAUGUUAGGUUAAUUAAGCUACAUGUAGAUAUGGAAAUUAAUAUUUGAACUUAAUUUUACCAACUCAAAAUUGAUUUUGCAGAAAUACUUUCACAAUUGAAUAAUCUACUUGAAAUGCCAAGAGACGACCGUUAGUUACAUACUUGUUUAUAUUUAAUACACACAAGAUUAUUUGGAAGUCUACAGGUUACCUUCCUAACAAAAAAUUGCUGUGAGUUAAUAAUAAUGAACUGUACUGGGUUUAGACCUAAAAUCCUGGCUUAUAUGUUAGUUGUUAGUGAUGGAACUUCUAUUGUAUUUUAUUAAUGACAGUGUUCUGUGUUCAAUGGGUGAAGAUUCUGCAGGGUGGGAUCUUACACUUUCAAAGACUGAAUAAUUAAAUGUCAAGUAAGCCUGCAAACCACUGAUGGCAUGCAGUAAUAUUGUGAUCUCACACUUAUUAACAAAAAAUAACCUUUAUAUUAUUUACAGAAGGUAGAGUAUAUAAAUCAGGUACGUACCAAGCACUGUUGUGCUAAUACACUGAUCAGGUUUAGACAAUGAGCUUUAGUUUUGUACUGUUUAGAAGUUCUAAUGUCAGUUUUCAGUUCAACAUUAAUGGGACAGUUUGACAUUCACUUUUUGUAGUACUAGCAAAAUACUGUGAUUUUGAAUUAGACAUUAAUUCAAAUGAAAAUACUAUGUUUUGACACCAUAGUGCCCUUCUUAUGAGCUCUAUUUUACUUUAAUCUCCUGCUUGGCCUUAUAUUUAAAUCCCUAUGCAACUGAUAUUUUAUAUCUCUGUUUUUAAAAAUUAGAUAAUAUACCUAAGUGAUCCCCUUGUAAACCACUUGUUGCUCUUUCCUGGUACAGGAUUUUAAGCUCUGUAUACUGUGAUCCUUUAUUUUACUAUGCCAGUUCCAAAUAAUAAUCUGCCUUGGUUUAGAAACAUUUUUUGUUAUUUGGAAGAAGAUAGAGUUCUUUAAAUACAUGAAUGAGCUAGGUCAAGAUAGAAAACUUACUAACACUUUUAUUUUAUACGAACGCCCUCAAGUAAGUGGUUGGUUUCAUUUUCCUGCCCCAUUGUCUUAUUUUGUCCAGAUCAUUUAAAAGUUGAGCAUAAAGCUGUAUUGUUUUCUGGCAUGUUGGCCUUCGUACUGUGCCUAAUCUACCAUCGGUUGUUUCUCUCUCCUCACAGCCACAAUCUACAGUAUGUAAAUUAUCUUAUUCUUAACAAAGGUUCUUUUUAAAUUAGUAAUAUUUUGAUGCUUUGAAUGUUCAUUUUAAAAAAGAAACUAAACACAAUGCAUUUUUAGGUGAAUUUUAAAUAAAUCAAGUUGUUCGGUUUUGAUGUGUAAA